AUGGAUAUUAUCUAUCUAUCUAUCUAUCUAUCUAUCUAUCUAUCUAUCUCAGUCUUUUCAUAUCUAUCUAUCUAUCUAUCUAUCUAUCUGAAGUUAUUUAUUGUCUAUUUGGAUAGCUUGAUAGCUAUAUCACUUGAUAGCUAUAUCAAGUUUUUUCUUUAUCUAUCUAUCUAUCUAUCUAUCUUAGUUUAUUCAUUAUCUAUCUAUCUAUCUAUCUAUCUAUCUAUCUAUCUAUCUAUCUAUCUAUCUAUCUAUCUCAUUCUUUUCCCUAUCUAUCUAUCUAUCUAUCUAUCUAUCUAUCUAUCUCAUUCUUUUCCCUAUCUAUCUAUCUAUCUAUCUAUCUAUCUAUCUAUCUAUCUAUCACUCAUCCCUAUCUAUCUAUCUAUCUAUCAUAGUCAGCUGGAAUCUAUCAUUUUACCGAAUAGGAGCGCAGAACAUAUUUGGUUAAUUUCUCUCUCUCUCUCUCUCUCUCUCUCUCUCUCUGGGGAUAAAGCUGGCACAAGGCCACCCCAGAUAUACUUUCCAAAUAAGACCUCUUUCCCCAUUGCUAAUGAGUUCGUCCAUCAAUAUGUUACCUUGGGUCAAAUCGACCUCUAUUCGACAAAUAUAAAAUCUAUCUAUCUAUCUAUCUAUCUAUCUAUCUAUCUAUCUAUUGUGUCUAUUUAG